AUGUUUAAUGAUUUAAGAUAGAAUAAUAGGAAUUUUGAAAAUUAGAGUGUUGCUAAGACCAGAUCGGAGGAAUAAUAGAAAUAAAAAAUAAAGAUAGGUGCAAUUUUAAAAAAUUAUGAGACUCUGAAGGAAUGGUCAGAUUUAGGAUAGUGGCUAUUGAAAUUAUAAGGCGUAUUUCAAACAUAUUAAGGAUCCUAUAUUCCAAAGAAAAAAUUAUUAUGUAAGAGAUUAGCAUAAUGCUUAAGUCCAAUAUGGAACAAAGCAAUUCAUGAAAAUGCUUUAGUCAUUUAUGAUUUGAUUCUGCAAAUUCUAUGCUCAAAUACCGAAUACGACUUGGUUUAGGAUUUGCCUUUAUUUUCUCUUGGCCUAUUUCCCUUUUUUGGAUUUGCCUCAAUCUAAUGUAAACCAAAGUUUUUGAACAUACUUGAGAAAUACUACUAUCCAUUGUAAAAGGACCUUUUACCAUGCAUGGGAGGAUUAAUAAGUUCAAUAAUUGUUGGGAUGGAAGACACCAAUGAGGAGAUGAUGAAAAAAGUUAUGAGUUCAUUGGAUUAGGCUGCUGAGAGUGUUGGAAUAAAAUAAUUUUUUGGUUUGUUGUGGGUAUCGAUAAUAAGAUCAGGGAGAUGCAGAUUGGGUGCUUAUAAGUAUUUGAUGAAGAGAUGGUCUAAGCAAUAAUAGGUAGAUAUAGAAAAUUGCAUAUUGUAAGAAGAUGAGAAAAUGCCAAAUAAAAAAGCCUUGGUGAUUAAUGCAUUAUUGGCUUCGCUGGAGGAUGAAUCCAUUCUUGUGAAAAGGGCUGCCUUAGACUUUAUGUGUCUAUAUUGUAAAAUUUCAGAAAAUGUUUUUUAAGAAUAAGAGAAUUUGAUAUUAAUUGAAUAAUGCUUAUUGUUAUUUAUUAAAUUAGAUCAUGCAGUAGUAAGGAGAAUCAAUAAUUGGUUCUUUGGUGAAGAUGAGUUGAAUGAAAACAUGGAAAUAGUCAAGUAUAUUCAAGUGGGGUUGCGAAGAAUUUUAAUAGAAGAAUAAGGCGAUCCCUUGAAAAUUUUAUAAAAUUGGUAUAUGCAACACCCAGAAACUGUCUCCAUGACCUUAUUUGAUAUAGGAUACGACUUGGCAAGAUUUAUUUAUAAGAAAACAAUCUAAUACUAAGAGAUAUAAUCUGACAAACUGGGAGAAUUGUAGAAAGCAAGUGAAAGACUUAUUGAGAGUAUUUCAAGUUAAAGUGAAUUAAUUCUAAAAUCAAUAUACGAACAUUUGAAAAAAUUUACAAUAGCUCAAAAAUAAGAUCUCAUCAAGGAAUGUAUUUAAAUUAUUGACUACUGUUUAAAUACCUUGAUGAAGUAGUAGUUCUCUGACUUAAGUAAAAUUGAUGACAUUACACUUUUUCAAUAGAGAACUUAAUGUCUCUAAGAAUUCUUUGUUUUAGCACUCAAGGAAAUCAUGAAUCUAAAGAUUGAAAGGUUAUUUGAAAUUUAAAUACCAUAAUAAUUGUUAGCAUAGAUUUUAGAUUGCAUUAACAAAAUCAGACAAAGACUAGAAUUACUAGAAAAUGAAAAAGAUUUAUCUUUGGCCUUGGGUAGUAAUUAUGGCAGAAUCUCAAAUUUGUAAAAACAACCCAAUUACCAACUUAUAGACUAAAUGGAUAUUAGUAUCAUUUCUCAAUAUUGUGAUUAUUACGUAGAAAUAACCAAAUAUUCUAUUUAAAAUGAAUAAGAGGCUUUAUUUCCACUUACUUCCUAAAUUCUACUCAGAUCACAACUAUUCUUAAUGAAACAUGCAGAUGUACAACAUUCAGCAAUACCAAAUUGGCUAUUUUAAUUAUUUGAUUCCUUAGAAUAAGGAACCAAUAAAAUAAGUCUAUGCUCAAUAGAAAUGAUAAUUGAAUUACUAAAACAAGCAUAAAUACACUAAAAUGUAUUUCUGUUAACAGAAAUGAUUACCAGAAGCAGCUAUUAUGAUAUUCAACCUUUUGAAAAAAUGGAAUCUUUAUCUAUGGAUAAUACUUAAUAUGAAUACUCAAGUAAUUAGAAUGAAAGAAACUAUAUCAAAUAGAUGUUUGAAAAAUUAUGGCUGCUUCUAGACUAGAAUUAUCAUGAUUAAUUAGCCGUAGAGUUCAUACUAUAUAUAGCCGAAAGGUUCUAACAUAUUUUUGUAGAUGUAAUUGAAUAAGCGUUAAAGCAGGGAGAUUAAAGGAGGUAUUAGAUAUUCUGUAGAAUAACAAAUGUCUUCUAUAAGAAACAUCCAAAACUCAACACAGGCGUUGGAAUUCUAUAAAUGUUAAAUUACUUAGAACAUGAAAAUCCUUUAAUUAGGUAUAAUACUAAAACUUGGCUUAGUGAAUCUGCACCUUUUUUCUUUAGGAUAAUUGAUCCAAUACUUCUAAGAUUGGAGAGUAUCUUAAAAGAUAUUUAAAAAAACAAAGAUUUUUCUUUAGAAUUGGCUGUAGACACCAUUAAGAAGUUAUAAUAAAUUUAUGUGUCCAAAGAAUGGUUUUAACCGUAUAUAGAAAAAACUAAACCCACCUUUUCUUAGGAUGAACACUUAAAUACAUAUUAUAAAUUAAUUUGCUAAAUCUUAAUCUAAUUUGUAUUAGCCGAUUUUAACAACAAUGAAUUUUCAAAAAUCAAUGCAACAAGUGCAGAACUGUUGGAAAAUGUGAUAAAUUUAACUCUUGAUAAUAAAAACAAAAUUCAAGUAUUACUUUUGUAUUUUAAUUAAAUUUUGUAGAAAUUUGAGUAAGUGAUUUAAAAAAAUGAUUAAUUGCUUUAAUUAUAAUUACUCAAUUUAAUAAAAGUAUUUUUAUUAAAUACAUAUGAAUUAGAAAAAGAAUUAUCUUAAUAACAUAGAAAUGAACUAAUUGAUCUUUAUGAAUAACCAUCAUUUUUUAGCAAUCUCAUUAUUGGGUUAUAAUCAUCAAAAGUAUUUUUCUUAAAAUAAAGAUACUUAAAUACCAUUGUUGUUGGAGUUUACUCCAUAAGUUAAUUGCUCCCCCCAAAAAUAAUUACCGAGAAAAUAUCAAUUAUCUUAAAAUCUCUAUUGUAGUUAUUGGGAUAGUGUGAAUAUAAUUAAAAUAAGAUUGGAGCGAAUAUAGAGAAGCGAUAAACUAAUUUAUCACUUAUCAAAUUAGUUAAUAAUGAAAUCAACAACAACUUUCAAUAGUUAAAUAUCCAGUAAUUAAAUUCAGAAUAGAUUCACAUAAAAACAGGGUUGUCAGGAGAUGAUUUUGAAGAAGUCAUGUCUUUAUCCAAUUCCAUUAGAGCUAUCAUUAGUUACUUUUUUUAAUUUAAAUAUGAUACAAAAGACAUAGAUUAAAGACCUAAUGCUGCUGGUGUAUUAGUUGAUUUAUUUACUUUAAAUGUAUUUUUCAAAAAGACUGAUAAAAACCAUAUUCUAAAAUAUCAAUAAACACAACCAUAAUUUUAAAAUUAUUCAGAUACAUGUCAAAUGCUUCUCAAACUAUUUCCAUAGAUUCUGGAAUCAUAUUUAGAAUGUUGGAGAUGUUCAUUAAAUUGGGAACAUUUGUCAAUUAUGGGCUGUAUUGUUUAUGAAUAUGAGAAAUUCGAUCAAUUUAACAAAGUAUUGAAAGAUGAAUUAUAAAGAUCAGAAUAAGAAUUUACAGAUGAAGUUUAAAUAAAAUAGUCAAUUCUACAAUUGUUAAGACCUUGCUCAAUACAUUUUUCAUCAAAUUUAAUUUCUUCUAUUUUAGAGGUCUGGUAGAGUUAAAUAAAUGUAAAUAAGAAUCAAUUAAAGAUUAAUCAGAAUAUGUGCAAAUUAAUUGAACUAGCAAUAACGUUAUAAAUAGUACCAGAUGAAUUCAUGACAGCAUUUGUUCGUACUAGAUAAGUGUAAACAAUAAUACAAUAUAAUUAAGAAAACAAAUAUAAAAAAGGACCUUACUCUUUUAAUUACGAAUAAGCCAAAUUUGAAAAUGAUGUUCUAUUCUUCUUAUACACUUAUUUCUCUUCAGUUUAAUAUCAAAAUUUGAAGAAUAAGGAAUUAAUUAAACUAUGGAAUGUAUUCUUAAGUUUUUCCAAAUGUCUUCUCUAAUCUAGACAUAUAAAUACUGUUUGUUAUGUUUUGGAAAUUAUAUAUAUGAUGUCUUGGAAGUUUUCUCCAAAAGAUGUUCUAGAGGAAUUCAGGAAAGAACUGCACACUCAAUUAAGGUAAAAUUUAGUGAUUUUGGCUGAAAUGGCAUCAUUCUAGUAAAAUUAUUCAACCUAAGUAUAAGAAAAUACAAUUGAUGUUUAAGCAGAUCAAAAAUUCUAAUUGGUUGUUCCUUUUACUCCAACAAUCUUUGAAUUGUAUGAGGAUUAUUAAGAUAAAAUUGCAUAGGCCUAAGAAUCAUAAGCAAGUUAUCAAAUCUAAUAAUUUUUAUUUGGUUCAAUUAGUAAAUAGCCUAUAAAUUUGACUGAGUCUAUAUUUUCAAAGCAUUGUUCAAUAAUAGCUCUAAAGACUUUAAAAAGAUUAUCUUGGGUUACUUUAAUAAAUACAUAUGAAGUCUCUCGAAGUGAAAGAAUUUUUGAAAAUACUAAGGAAUUUAUGGUGCUCCUUUUCCCUUUGAUAGAAAAUAAAGAAAAUUCAAACAUAGUUGAAGCUGCAUCAGAACUUCUUUGUACAAUUUUAAAGCACAAUAAAGAAAUUUUGCCUCAAAUCUUUUUAAAUAACAUUUUAGAUCUUUUUAAUAGAUAGGACUUUUUUAAAUGCACAGGCAGAUGUCUUAAGUUUUGGACAGAAAUCAUUGACAUUAUUUCAGAUAAGAAUGAUAUUCUAACUGAUCAAUUAGGAAAUAAUUCUAAGUUUUUCUAAGGGUUUGCAGGUCUAUUUAAAAGUAAAUCAGCUGAAAUGAUGAAAAAGACUAAAGGAUUUGAAAGGGUGUGUUUUAUAAUAUAUUCUGGAGGGGUUGAUAAAUACUAAUCUAAAUUAACUACUUUAUUGGAUGCAAUAUUGUCUGUUAUUAAAGAUAUUAACUCUUAAGAUGCUGCAAUUUCAAUAUUAAUUAUAUUUUGCAUAAGAAUUUUAGUUUUAAGAUUGAGUCAAAGUUCCUUGACUUAAGUUUUUAGAUAGAUAUGGCCUUACUUAGUGAGUAUGUUGAUGUAAAUUUUUGAUAGAAAAGGAAAAUAAGCAAAUCCCUUUCUUUUAAUAUCUGGUUUAAAAUUGAUUGAACUAUUCUCAUUAUUUUAAUUAGAAGAGUUUUAUUUCUAUGAAUGGAUGUUUGUUUUUGAUUAUUUUGGAAUUACAAUCAAUCAUAAUCCCAUUUAAGAGCAGUAAUAAUAAAAAGUGAAGAUAGAAUCACCAUACAAAUUUAUUCCUUAUAUGGCUUAUUAAUUUCCAAAAUCAUCAGAAUAUUCUGUUGAUUAUGAAUGCAAAUUAUAUUAGGAAUAGCAAUAAUAAAAUUUAUACAAAAAAAAAAGAUUAAUAAAAAUAAAAGACAUUUAAGAAGAAUUUGAGCCAAAAUUAAGACAAUAAGCAUUAAAUUUGUGUUAACAUUUGAUAGAUAUUAAUUAAUAGAGAAUGAUAAUCUCCCCUUAAUCAUUGGAAUAAAUUAUUGAGGAGGAAUUUAUAAGUUUGGAUGACAAUAUAAGCAAAAUACAAUGA